AUGCCUUACAGUGUUGACGCGCCGUCUGCACCCGUGCUAACUUUCAACAGAUAUAACACAAAUCUGGGUAACAUGUCUCAUACGGUGACCAUCACGAGGACGACCACCACUUCUGCAGGAAGUCCGCUCUUCGUCAACAGCGGCUAUCUGGGAACACUGCCAGGAUUAUUAAAACUCGCGGAAUUGUUACUGGGCGCGGCGUGUGUUGGUGUAGUCGGCUACUAUUUGGACCCAGGCUACAUUCGAUACAACGGCCAGAAGCCGGAACUGUUUUACCUCCUAGAGGUGAUAUAUCACGGGAUAGCGUUCGUUUUCUAUCUAGCAGCCGGUCUUACCUUAAUGAUAGAGGUCAAUCAUCAGAAGAGCAGUUACCGGAGAGAUUUUGAACCUUACCUAGCAGCGGCGGUAAUGGGUUUAGUCAUGGCGGGAUUAUAUUUAUUGAGUACGUUCCUCGCAAAUCGCUCGUACCGCGGCAUUUGA